AACGCGUAUAGUAAGUAGUCUUCGUCGAUGGGACCUCCAGUGUAUGCGUUACGAGGCAACUAGCAUUUUGUCAUUAAAGUUCGUGAAAGAAUGUUUCAUUGGAAAAACCAACGCCGACGUCAAGAUCAGUCUCCUUUCCUUUCUCUUUUCGGGAGCAGAGCUGAAAAAGAUGGGAAAUUCCAAUGAUUCUUCGUUCAUUAUCAUGUCGAUUCCUCACAAUCGCUCUUUGUGAUGCUGCGGAACCAUGGCAAUUAGGAUCUCAAGACGCAGCAACACCUAUGAUGCAAGGAAUCAUUGACUUACAUCACGAUAUCUUUUUCUUCCUCAUUCUUAUUUUGGUUUUCGUAUCACGGAUGUUGGUUCGCGCUUUAUGGCAUUUCAACGAGCAAACUAAUCCAAUCCCACAAAGGAUUGUUCAUGGAACUACUAUCGAAAUUAUUCGGACCAUAUUUCCAAGUGUCAUUCUUUUGUUCAUUGCUAUACCAUCGUUUGCUCUGUUAUACUCAAUGGACGGGGUAUUAGUAGAUCCAGCCAUUACUAUCAAAGCUAUUGGACAUCAAUGGUAUCGGACUUAUGAGUAUUCGGACUAUAACAGUUCCGAUGAACAGUCAGUCACUUUUGACAGUUAUACGAUUCCAGAAGAUGAUCCAGAAUUGGGUCAAUCACGUUUAUUAGAAGUUGACAAUAGAGUGGUUGUACCAGCCAAAACUCAUCUAUGUAUGAUUGUAACACCCGCUGAUGUACCUCAUAGUUGGGCUGUACCUUCCUCAGGUGUCAAAUGUGAUGCUAUACCUGGUCGUUCAAAUCUUACCUCCAUCUCGGUACAACGAGAAGGAGUUUACUAUGGUCAGUGCAGUGAGAUUCGUGGAACUAAUCAUGCCUUUACGCCUAUCGUCGUAGAAGCAGUGACUUUGAAAGAUUAUGCGGAUUGGGUAUCCAAUCAAUUAAUCCUCCAAACCAACUAAACCGGGGAAGCUGAAGCGGAAAUGCAAUUCUCGGGUGAGGGAAGGGGGAAGCUCCAGGAAGGCUUCGCUCGCUCGCUCAAAAAGCUCUAACGCUCGUUUACGAGUGGAGUGCAUAAGUCCUUAUUGAAGUAGGGUAAGGCCUUACUACACGAGCUCGUAAGUCAAGCACGGAACGAGCCUUGUCUACGAAGCUUCGCUUCAUCAUCUUGCUUGCUUCCGGCGAAGCUUAACGCACUAUAACAUAGGCAUGCAUGAUGGUAUGGUAGGAAGACUCCUUUUAAGGCCGACCACUACAUAGGAGCGAUAGGAAGCCAAGCCGUCAAAAGGAAAGGCGAGCAGCCCUUAUUGCAAUAGCAAACGGCCUACUUAUAGCCCUAUUUAUACCCUUUCUCGGGGACUUCAACGGGCCUUACAAGCUCAAUAAAUUGCAAUUCUUCACCUUUUCCUCAGACAGUGGGAAUGCAUUUUCUUACUUGAUUGACAUUGACAGAUAUGUGUACCACACCGAACAAGCAAUAUGUCAUAUGCUUGAUGUACCAGCCAAGCCAGCUCUUUUUUUCUCAGUUCCCUUAUCCUUAGCGCAAAAGUAAAAAGAAAAUGAAAGAGAGUUUGUAUUUGCAAAUGCAAAUGAAUAUGGAUCUAAAUAAAUUAGAUAAUCAAUAAAUAAGAAUUGGAAUAAUAGAAAAAAUAUCCUUCGCCCCUUAUCUCUUCAUCAUCGUCGGUUCCGUCACUUGUGGUAUUCGUUUAGAAUCUUGUUGACCCUACUCGCUUACUCCUAUUUUCCUUAUUUCUUUUUCUA